AAAUUUUCUUUAAAAAAUCUUUGGAAAGCAUCACAACAAUUUAACGAAUUUCUCUUUUGCAAAUUGCGUAUGAUGGGCGUGGCUUGUUAUGAAUAUCAACGUAAUCCGGGAGAGAAAUCAUCGAAAUCCAUUCGGGAGAAGAGAGAAAACCGCGAUAAAUGUGUACAUGUAGUACAAAUGUAAAUAAUUAUUAUCAAAAACCCAAGCAAUUGAAGAAAUAAGAAAAAAAUUGCCAGUAUAAUCAAGUCAGUAUACUCAAGUCAUCGUGACAUACUCAAAGAUACGGAAUAUUAAAGUAUCAAGGAAGUAAAGAUGAAGUCGCUCGCUAAAACCCUCGGAAAUCCACAUAAGUACAUUUAUAGACAUUUAUAUUCAUCAUCAGUUGAUAACAAAGGUGGAAAAAUGACGAACCUUGAACUGAGCGAUAUUCCAACUGAAGAAGAAAUUGAGCUUGAAGUCGAAGAAGUUCGAAUUAGACUUCCAUGGAACAACGGAACAUUAGCUGGUAAAUGGUGGGGAUCAAAGAAUCAACGUCCUAUCGUGUGCAUGCAUGGUUGGCAAGAUAAUGCUGGGACAUUUGAUCGAUUAAUUCCACUUCUGCCUAAAACCGAAAGUUAUCUUGCGAUUGAUUUACCUGGUCAUGGUUUAAGUUCACGAGUUCCAGAUGGCAUGGCUUAUCAUGGAAUCGACAAUCUCUACCUUUUGAACAAUUUAUGUAAGGAAUACAACUGGGAUAAGAUUUCUCUUAUGGGUCACUCAAUGGGAAGCGUUUUGAGUUUCAUGUUUGCUUCUGUGUUUCCCAACAAAGUCGAUAUGUUGAUUCAAAUUGAUGCACUGAAACCUCACGUUCCUGAUCCAGAAAAAGUCGCAUUGGGACUUCAAGAUCGUGUUGAGAAUUUCAUGAUUGCUGAUCUUCGGAAUCAGGAUAAGAGUGAACCGCCUUCGUACACUUACGAAGAUAUGAUUGAACGACUCUUCACUGGAACUCGUGGAAGUGUCACCAAAGAAAGUGCGCAAUACUUACUAAAGAGAAACAUCAAAAGGAGUGAAAAGUAUCCUGGAAAAUUCUACUUCACUAGAGAUUCACGUCUCAAGAACAGCUUCUCGCCAAACUUUUCUCAGCCCGUUUCAAAAGAACUUUCAAAACGACUUAAAAUGCCGCAUUUGUUCAUCAAGGCACUUCACGCUCCAUUCUGGGAGAAACGUGAAUAUUACGAUGAAGUUAUUGACAUUCUUCAAGAGAAUGAAAACUUUGAAUGUCACACUGUUGAUGCCACUCAUCACUUGCAUUUGACACAUCCAGAAACAGUCGCGCCUUUGAUAUCAAAUUUCAUUGAAAAGCAUCGAAAUGUUAACAGCAAAUUAUGA